CAUCCGGCAGCAGCUUGAUGUCAUAAUAUAAUCUGACGACAAUUAAAUUAGUGUCUCGCGAUUCUCAUCGAUACCCCUCUUUUUCCCUUUUAUUUAAGCUCUUAAGAAGUCAUCCAUACAUCUUCUACAGCUAGAAUUCUCUGCAGUUUUCUUAUAAACCUGGAGUGCUGGUACUAAAGCGAGGACUGAGAAAGGAGAAGAAGAUCAUGAAGGCUAGACUUCCACAGUCAAAGUUGCUUUGAUAGAAUGGGUAAUAAUUCUUGGAUUGAUGAUGAAUUUUGGAAAAAUUUGUCCAAAAUUAAUGAAACCAAUCCAAGUGAAGAUUUUAAUUGGUCGCCAGAAAACACAGAUCAGGGACCUGUUCAAGAUCGUAAUCCGCAGCACGAAAUACCAGAACCAGAAUUGUUGCCUCAUGUUGAACCCAACCAUGGACACUCGUUAAAUCAAGCAGCAGAGCCAUCCCCUGAGCCCAGUAGAAGCGGUGGUAAUCUUUCGGCCAGAAAAAAUAGAAGAGGUCAUAAACCCAAACUAACCCCGUCUGAGAGGAAGGAACACAGAAAGAUAACUCUUAAAAAGCAUCGUCUGAAAGUGAAGGGUGUUUUGAAGAACGCGAUAGAAGCAAAGGAGGAUAUAGAGAAGCAAUCAGCGGCAUUGCAGUCAGUAAAUGAAAGCCAGUUAAAAUAUAUCCAACAGUUAGAAAAGAAAAUCAACGAGCUGAAAUCCCAGGGACAUGAAUUGCAAACAAAUGUGCAGGGACAAAGCGAACAUGUUGAGCAAAUGAUCAUGGAGUGGUUAGCAUUCCAACCAUGCAAUGCAACUGUGCCUGCAGCUGCAGCUGCAGCUGUAUUUUUUAGGAAACUUGAGGAAAACGAAAAGAGCAAAAUUGGUUUCAAUGACUUCACAGACUUGCAUGAGAAGCAGGAGUGCAGAACAGUUGGGAAGUACCAAAUCCCAUUGUCUUUAGUACCUACUGCUGAAAAAAUCACUAAGGUUCAUGGUGAUGUUUGUGCAACAAGCACAAUUAGUCCCAACUAUGCUGAAGAUAUCUAUAUUCUGUUCUGUGCAACAAUCAAAGAAAUGGAUGAACUACCAGUUGAGAAAGUCACAGAGGAAACCGUGUUGAAGUGGGGAGUUGCAAUCAAGAAUGCUUUAUGUAUCAACUUUAAAGUGGAAUUUGCCAUGAGGCAUCUGAAGCAAACUAUAGCACAUCGAUACAUUGGUAUGAAAGUUUGCGAAGAAGCUGAGAAAAUGGAUGCUGACAUCGCAAAAGUUGAGGCUUACCUGAGUUGUUUAAAAGAGUGCAAGACGGUCAAAGACUUUGCCAAAGGGUUUGGUGACAAGCCAUUCAGUGAAGGUCUAUGGGGUUAGUCUGUCUCUGAAAAGAUGUAAUUUGCUUUCUAUUUCCAUUUGCUGUUGUUUCUGUUUCUUCUUUUGGAUUUCCAUUUGUAUCUGAGAGUUCUUUUGUAUUUCGUGCAUGAUCAUCUAUGUGGAGCAACACCUUGUUCUUUGUGUUGUAGAGUUUCCCUUUGUAUGCCUCGGGUGAUUGUCUUAGAUGGGCCAAUAACCUGUCCUCUACUCCGUUAAUAAAAUUGUUUGUAAGUA